AUGGCACGCAGGUGGCCAGUUAGGUUGCCUGAUAUUUAUGGUCCUGUCAGGACACGGAUGACCUGCAAGGUUGUCUGCCGUUCAAAGGCUGGCGUGGGAGAAGGGACGAUCUGGAAAACAGAUUCAAUACUACCAACGACGUUUCUGGGAACUAUAAAUGGGAGCAUAAAUGGAAAUAUAACCUGUGGAAAUUUCACCGGAUCUUCUAAAACGAGGUUGAUGAUUCCAAGGCGAAAAGAUUUUUCAAGAGAAAUCGCCAGGAUACUAACGAGAGGCAUGCCACAUUCAAGUGUAACCGAAUCUGUGGAAGUCCUUGAUGAUUCGGAAAGUGACACUGGAUCAAUUGAUAUAGAUCGGAGUGAAGAAGAGAUUAGGAAGCUUACGCAGGUGGACAUUCGUAACAAAUUACUCAAAAUUCUUACCGCACGUCAAAAAAAAGACAAAGAAGCCGGGAAAGAUUUUAUGGCAUCAAUAUACUUCAACAAUAUUAUAGAUUUAUCAGACGACGAAAUAUAUAAAUGGGUAUUUAGUUCGACCACUGCCAACAAUAUAUAUGCAACAACAAUUUGGGCGCAUCAAAAUCCUGUCACCUUUGGUGAUUUCGAACAGUUUUCAAAAGACAUGAUAUGCUUGAUAGAUUGGCAGACAGAUGUCUUAUCAACAGUGAGAGCAAUAAAUAAAGCAACCACGAAUUUUAUGGAAAAUAAUAAUAAUAUUUGCAUAACUUCAGUGAAUGAUACUCCGCAGAAGAAAGAAAGUAACAAAAAUCAACCCUUUCCUAAUCCCCAUCUCCCGAUUCCUCGUCUCCCAGUUCUCCAUCUCCCAGUUUCUCUUCGUCGGAUCGCGAUUUGA